GAAAAAUUUCGUACCGUAUAAACCGUUCAAACCGUUGGUGAACCAAAAUAAUAUUCGUGUAAAAAUAACAACUCACCUUCACCAUUGUAAAUAUGUAGUAAAAAAAAAAAUUUACUAUUUGAGAUGAGAAAAUAUUUCUACUAAUGAUGAAUAAACAGUAAAUCUUAACUACAUUUAUUUUAAAUGAAAUAUUCUCUUGAAUUAUAGUGCACGUACAACACUUAAUUAAAGUUUUACUGAGGAUGUGCUAAUGUAUUGCAUUUAAUUUUAUUUGCAGUAUUCAUUACAUAUGUAAUCGGAAAAUGUAUCCUAUUAACAUAAAUGAGCUUUUACGAUCUUUGAGCUUGCAGUAAACCCUUUCUAACGAAUAAUAUAAAGAAAUUUCACUAUGUCUUCAGUACAAUGUCAACCAAAUUUGCAGUUUCAAGACCAGGCCUCAAAUCACUCGAAUGACAUCUCUUCAAGGUCGUCGAGACAGUCUACUUUUUCUACCUAUGUGCACGCACUAAGGCCAUGGUCUUUCAGUGCAUCACUCACCCCCGUAGCUAUCGGGGCUGCCCUUGCCUACAAAUCAACUGAGCAAUUUGAUAUUGCCAUAUUUCUAAUCACUUGUUUGACUGCUGUAACUGUUCAUGCCGCCGGUAAUGUGGUGAACACCUAUUUCGAUUACAUGAAAGGUAUCGACACCCGGAGAAGUUGCGAUGAUCGAACUCUCGUGGACAAAAUUCUGACACCAGAUGACAUUGUCCACCUCGGAGUCAUUUUGUACACUUUAGGAUGUGUGGGUUUCAUCGGCACUGUUUGGUUGUCCCAUGCCAAGAUGGAGCACCUGGCACUAAUUUAUUUUGGUGGUUUAUCGAGUUCUUUCUUGUACACAGGUGGCAUAGGAUUGAAGUACAUAGCUAUGGGUGACGUCUUGAUCAUCGUGACAUUCGGCCCACUGAGCGUCCUGUUUUCGUUCAUGGCGCAAACUGGCUACAUGGACUUCUACACUUUAUUCUAUGCUAUGCCGCUGGCGUUAAACACUGAGGCAAUAUUGCACAGUAACAACACACGUGACAUGGAGAACGAUCACAAAGUUGGCGUCGUCACACUUGCUAUCCUUUUUGGCUAUUUUGGCUCCUACGUGCUAUACAUUUUUCUUUUAUUCACGCCAUAUUUAUUGUUCUUUUUUCUUGGUUUGCGCUAUAGUUUUUCCUUCUUCCUCCCCCUCAUAACUCUUCCAGCUGCAUUUCGGUUAGAGAGAAUGUUUAGGGACCGGACACUGGAAAAAGUGCCCAAAGAAACAGCAAAGUUGAAUUUGUACUUUGGAUUGUUUUAUGUUAUAGCAUGUGUCAUGGUUGACAAGUAUAAAUUUCCCUACUUAGGUGUAAAUUAAAAUUUCUAUUGACAUUCAUUUCUAUGUGAUCUGUCAAACGUGUGACAUUUUUUACGAUUCAACGUCUGUAAAGCAGGAAUUUUCUGUUGACUUACUCGACACAAAUGUUAAUUUAUUAAAUGUUUUGAUUUUAA